GUAUCUAUUUUGGCAGAUGGUAUAAUGCAAUGCCAUUGCUGAUGUACAGCCAAACGCGAUGGAGGUUCGACAGCUCCUUGCUGUAUUCCUGUUUUUCUUAUCAUUGUCAUCGGCACAGCGUCCUAACAUCGUGUUUAUUGUGGCAGAUGACCUAGGUUGGAAUGAUCUUGGAUUCCGGAAUCCUGACAUGAAGACACCCAACAUCGACAAACUGGCCACAGAAGGAAUCAUCUUCGAGAAUGCAUAUGUCCAGCCUCUGUGUAGCCCAUCACGUGCCUCCUUUAUGAGUGGAAUGUUUCCAUUCCACAUAGGCAUGCAGCACAGUACAGUGUUCCCUUACCAAGCAGUGUGUGUGCCCCUCAACUAUACAUUUAUGCCCCAGGAAUUAAAGAAACUCGGAUACGCUACACACAUGAUCGGAAAAUGGCACCUGGGUUUCUGCAAGUGGGAGUGCACCCCAACCUACCGAGGCUUCGAUACUUUCUUUGGUUACUAUACUGCCUUCGAAGACCACUUUAAUCACUCUAUUGGCCCCUACCUAGACUACAGGGAUAAUAAGCUUCCGGCAAAAAACUAUUCUGGAGAAUAUUCAGCUAUCACAUUCGCCCAGAGAGCCGUUGACAUCAUCCAUCUACAUAAUGUAUCACAGCCUCUGUUUAUGUACCUUCCAUAUCAGAAUGUACAUGCUCCCAUUCAGGUGCCCAAGAGGUAUGAGGAUAUGUAUCCGCAUGUGAAUAACAAUGGGCGAAGAACGUAUUGUGGAAUGGUGUCUGCCUUGGAUGAAGCCGUGGGAAAUGUCACCAAGGCCCUGAAGGAUCGGGGCUUGUUUAACAAUACUCUUAUUCUAUUCACUUCAGAUAAUGGAGGCCCUAUUGAAGGGUAUGCCAACAACUGGCCCCUGAGAGGUGGGAAACACACGAUCUGGGAAGGGGGAACGAGGGGCAUAUCCUUCAUGCAUGGCGCUGGACUCCAGAAGACGAGGACGACAUACGAUGGGAUGAUCCACGCUGUCGACUGGAAGCCCACUUUAGUAUCUGCAGCCGGGGGAAUCCCAGAAACUACCAUCGAUGGAAUGAGUCACUGGGAUUCUAUUCGAAAUGGUCUUCCCUCGUCAAGAACAGAGUUCAUUUACAACAUUGAUGACUUUGAAGUUCCAAUCGAAGGACAUGCUGGCAUAAGAGUAGGAGACUACAAGCUGAUCCUGGGGUACCCUGGAGGUCCUGAUGGCUGGCACAGACCCAUGAACUCAACCCAUUAUGAAACAUAUGAACAGACGGUUUACCUCAAAGGAGAUAGCCCUGUCCAUCUCUUCAACAUUCGAGAGGAUCCGACUGAGCACAACGACCUUGCUCAGCAGAUGCCAGACAUGGUUGCCAAAUUGCGUGCCCGGUUUGAGGGGUACAAGAAGACGAUGGUGCCAGCCAACUUCCCCGACCCGGAUCCUGCAUCUGACCCCAGAAAAUAUGGGAACGUUUGGAGCCCCGGGUGGUGCUGAUCGGAUGCAUCUAUGUCAAUAUAUGUAGAUAUGAAU